GGCCCACUAGGGUCACGGCAAAUUAAAAAAAGCCACGGCAGAACAAAGCAAACGCACGGCAAAAGAAAGCGAUCUCACGGCAAAAUAAAUCAAACUCGCGGCAGAACAAAGCAUCUCACGGCAAAGAAAGCAAUCCCACGGCAGAAUACAACGAACUCACGGCAGAACACAACGAACACGGCAGAACACAACUACGACCUGGCCCACAAGGGUCACGGCAAAUUAAAAAAAGCCACGGCAUAAAACAAAAAAUUACGGCAGAACAAAGCAGACUCACGGCAAAAGAAAGCAACUCCACGGCAGAAUACAACGAACUCACGGCAGAACACAACGACAGAAUCCAAGCCACGGCGGAAGUGAGCUUUCAUUUUAAACACAGGAAGACCAAGCUGUUUUAAUUCUGAUCUCGAGCCCGCGAUUUUUUUGGACAGUUACCAAUGUACGGACCACGUGCAUUCGUUCGUUCUCGCUCGAAUCGCUUGCUUCGUGUGCAAAUUUAGUUGCUUUUACAAUCCUUGUCGCAGAAUACCUCUAGAAGUAUGUUUUGCUCUCAUUGUGGUCGCAAGCUAGGCGAUGAUGGAUCUACGUUUUGUGUUUUCUGCGGAAAAGAACUCUCCAAAGCAGUUGAAAACAAACCAUUUGGUAGACCUGCUUCACAUGUAUCUACAAUAAAAUCAUUCGUUGGUUUUAAGAAGGGAAAAGAUGGCAAGCCGACAAAGAAACAGUUAAAAGACAAGAAUAAACCUGAGGAGGCUAAUGAUGUAAUCAUUAACAUUGGGUUGAAAGUAUUUAGUGAGGAAGAGCUCAAGGAUAAAAGAGGAAAGAAGUUGGCAAUAAAAGUGAACAAGCAUGCAUCCUAUAAGGAAUUGCUCGAACAAGCGAAAUCGAAAUGGGCCGACUUUCAGAGAAACCUGUAUUCCGAAGGAACUGAAUAUGUCCUACUUUACGAAGACGGCCAAGAGGCUUUGUUCCUUCCUGGAACGUCCAAAGAGUUUUUCACCUUGGAAAAGUAUGAGCAAGCAGCAUUAAAGGACUACAAGCGCAUAACGUUAUAUCUAUGUACGGUCAAUGACAUAGAAGAAUUUAGGAAAGAGGAAAGGGAUAGUGACAGUUCUGAACCUGAAGCUUCUUGUCCAGUAAAGAGGAGCAACGAAAGUGAUGCCUGCAUAGCAACAGAGCCACCAGCCAAGAAACUAACAACAAAUCAUCCAACCAACAAUCAUCCAGGACCUUCAGGCAUAAGUAUUAACAGUGGUUCUGACUGGUUUUACUAUGAUGAAAUUGAACGUCUUUAUGGCAAUGAUGACAGCCCUCCACCAAGCAACAACAAAACAAAAUCGCCUAUCCCAGAAAGCGAAGCUGGUGUUAUUGAACUAUUGCAAGAAAAGGUCAUCUCUGAUGGGAAAAUAUCCAUGUUCAUGAUCAUUAGAAGGGGUACACCAGUAACCAGGGCUAUCACAUUGUGGCAAAGAGCAGCUAAGAAAGUUAAUCCUGUUCAUGUGUGUCGUGUGAAGUUUGUAGGAGAAGACGGAAUCGAUGAUGGUGCUUUGGCACGUGAGUUUUUUUCAUGUAUCAUUCCCGAUAUAGCGAAAAAAUUCUUCCCAGAUGGAAGUCCUGCUUAUUCUACCAAUGACAUUGCCACUUAUAGAACAAUUGGGGAAAUUGUUGCAGCUAGCUUGGGCCAGGGAGGCCCAGCCCCAAACUUUCUGGCCCCCUGUGUGUUUGACACGCUGGUGUCACUUGGAGAUCUUGACUACUCCAACAGCAAAGAUCUUCAAAAACAUUUGACUGAAACAGAAUGUAAGCUGUUGAAAAAUAUCAGGCAGGAUAUUGCCAGUAGCACUGAUAUUAUAAUUGACCAUGGCUACACAGGGCCCAUAACCGAUGCAUGUGCUGACUCUAUUCUUGCUGCUGUUACUGUCAGUAUGCUCAGCAGACGGGAGUUGAUGUUAAAAGAACUAAAGUAGGGAAUGGAGCUGUAUGGAUUGGCUGACAUAGUCACCAAGCACCCAAAGAAAUGCAAAGGUCUGUUUGUUAUGGGCCACCAAGAGGAAGUCGACGGGAAUUACUUAUUUUCUCUCAUGAAACCGCAGUAUUCAGCUGUGGGAAGCUCUCGUCGGACCGUAGAAGAGUCAGUAAUGGACAACUUCCAAGACUUCAUAUUCAGCCUUGAGGAUAAAUCACAAGUCUGUAGCUACCAAGAGGCGAUGGCAUGGAAAGCCUAUGGUGCUGAUAGAAAA